GCAUUCCCUUCCACACCUCACAAUCUGCAUUCUACUGUUACAUUACACCACUUCAACAAAAUUACUUACCAAACACCAAUACACAACAACAACAUGGCGUCUCAACAGUUGUCUCGAAGAGAAAACACCACCACCGAGAGACGGGUUCACCUUGACAAAGACACAGUUCCCAAUAUGGCUACCCACUUUGAGAACCUUGCAGGGAAAACUAAUAAAUCAGGUAUCGACGAAAAUAGGAAAGAGCCACCGCAAGCGUUACAAGGUGGAAAUCAGGUCAAAGAGCGUGCAGGGAAAGCCACUGGGGAUGUUGGUGGACGUCGGAAAGUGAAGGGUGAGGAUCCCAAAGAGAAGGUAAGUGACCAUGCAGCAAAUGUAGUUGGAAACGAAGAGAGAGAAGGUUAUGGCGGUGUUCGUGAUGUUGGGAAGUUCGAAAUGAAAACUGAAGGGGGAGACGGAAGGAAGAAGGAUAGAGAAGAACUGGAAACACGAACCAGGGAGGUUAAAGGAAGAACUCAAAGAAGAAGAGAAAAUGAAGGACAAGUAGUGGCAGAGAAAGGAAGAGGAGUAAAACUUGGUGCUAGUGCAACCACGGCUAAUGCUAGUACUUUGGAAAAAUGUGAUAGUAAUAGUCGGAGACUAAGAGAAGAGAGUGAAAGUGAAAAAUCUACGUUGGAACAGGUUUCCAACAGCAGAGAUCACGAUUCGAUAGACCUGAAGAAGAGGUGCGAGAGAGCGAAGCAAGCAGCGAGCGAGACACUGAACAGUGCAGCUCAAAUCGCAACACAAGCGAAGGACGCAACGGUUGAGAAGGGUCAACAAGGCUGUGCUGUAACCAAAGACACCAUUUCAAGUGCCGCAAAUACCGUUUCGGAAAAAACUGCGCCGGUGGCAGAGAAGGCCAAAGGGUAUACAUUUCAAGUGACGGAGAAGGCCAAGAGUGCAGGAGGCACGACAGCGAGAUACGUCGGAGAGAAAGCGGCUCAAGCAAAAGAUGUUGCCGUGGAAGGUGGGAAGAGUGCGGCGGGGUAUGCUGCGAAGGUGGCUGCGGAUUUGAAGGACAGGGCGCCGGUGGUGGGGUGGGCGGCGGCACAUUUUUCGACGGAGAUGACGGUGGAGGGAACGAAGGUCGCGGCCCAUGUGGUUGAGGGGGCGGCAGGGUAUGCGGGGCAAAAGGCAGCUGAACUUGCUUCAAAGUCAGUAGGCGCUGUUAAAGUUUUGGCUGCUUCAGCUGGUGAGUCUGCUAAGGGAUACACUGCAAGGAAGAAAGAAGAGGCACAGAGGGAAUUGAAGGCCAAAAGAGCAUCUCAGUUAGCAGAAGAGAGGCAAUCGGAAGGAAUGGGCGAAACUGUAAUCCAGAAUGCAGAAAAGCCGAAGGAAGGUGGAGGAAGCUCUCAGCAGGAGGGAACUGGAAGCGAUGUGCUGACAGAAAUAGGCGAAACAGAGAGUAAUGUUGGGGCGAAGGUGAAGAAACCAUUUGAUGGAGGGACCAAAGAAGAAAGCGGAAGUGAGACAAGUGGAGGGCAAGAAGAAGGAAAGGAUGUGAGUGGUCAAACAUUGAAAAGCACAGAUGAGAAGUUGGGUGAUGCCGCACAGAGAGGAGCUGCUAGAACACUUCUCCGGUAACUGAUCGUGCCGAACAUGAUGAAGGAUCACAGGGUGCUUGACUUGAGCUGAGUUUACGUCAGCCAUUGUAUUUUAAGGUUUAGUUUUAUGCCAUGGUCUCUGUAAUUUCCAUGUUUUGGGUUUGUUCUAUGAACUUUUGUGACUGAAUAAGAAUCUCCUUUUUGAGA